AUGAAACUGGUAGUCGAUGUCUUGGGAAUCUUUCGUUUUGUAUCUAUUGUUACGGACCCACAGGUAACCAUCAAGAACUACAUUUGUCAAAUUGAGCGGGAGUUUCAGCAGAUGUACACGCUAGCUAUCUCCCCCCAGUUUAGCAUGUUGAGCAGGUUCUCAUCAGCUAAGGAUCUCCUAUUGCCUUCAGACGUUGUGGGCGUCGUCUUGACAGAGGGCGAAAAGCUGCUGGCAACGCCUGACGAGAAGUGGGCAGAAACGCUCAGGCAGUCACCCUGGGCUGUCUUGGGAAUCGACGAGACAGAGUUUGAAGUCAGAAUAGAGCUUCUUCGGAAGAUAUAUGGCGAGCAGUGUAAUUUUGCCGUUCUAGGAUCGUGUCUCCUCCGAGCAUCUGGUAACCUCUCUAAGGCGACGGCUAUUUGCUCAUUUAUCCGCCCAGAUAUACUAAACAGCACAAGACGUAUCAUCUUUGUCAGACCGCGAGAAAGUACUGUCCGGAGAGUUGACUUGGGAAUAGGGUCUGAGGGCGAAACUCGAAAGGUGAAGUUAUGA